AUGGAGGGUAAAAUCGGCGUUACAAGUGCAGAUAAGAUCAUUGAGGAGAUAGGCGGGUGCGGACGUUUCCAAUGGCGUUUGUCCGCCCUGAUCCAUGCCAUGAAGACCGUCGUAGCGUUCUGUAUGGUUGCCUCAGUCAUCAUGUCCAAGAAGCCUACGGCCUGGUGGUGCCGCACACCAUACGAUCUCAACGCGACGGGUUUAAUCGUUGACGUGACGGCGUCUUGCGCAUCGCGACCAAACGCGACCAACUGUUUCCUUAAGACGUGUCGCCCUGGUAACGCCAGCAAUUGCGAGGCUUACGAGUACGACAACAGCCCGUCCACUCUAGUGACCGAAUUCGACCUUCUCUGUGACUGGAACUGGGUACCCAGCACUAUCAUGUCCACCCAGCUUGGCGGCGUUAUGCUGGGGAAUUUCUUCGGCGGUCUAUUAGCCGACAGGUUUGGAAGGAAACCCGUGCUGUUCGCGUCAAUGUGGAUGCCAGAAAGCUUCCGGUGGUACAUCGCUCACGAUAAACAGCACCAAGCCAUGGCUGUCGUGAAGCAGGUGUCGAAGUUCAACAAGAAGACACCACGUGACCUGGAUCUUCUCCUGAUAGAAAGCAAGCAACUCAAAUCUCCGAAGAAGAGCACAUUUUUAGAUCUGUUUCGGUCAAAGCAACUGCUUAGAUUGACUGUUUUGCUUGCAAGUAACUGGGUUGCCUUGGGUCUGAUAACGUAUGGCAUUAACUACGGUAUACAAGGCCUGUCUGGAAACGUCUACCUGAACAUAUUCCUCUUUAACUUCGCCACGAUCCCUACGAAAUCUGUCACAAUUUGGCUUAGCAACAGGCUCGGUCGCCGGCUGUCCACCAUAGUCAUCUUUGUGCUGAUCGUCAUUGCAGGCCUCGUAUGUGGCAUAAUACAGAGCAUAGAUACGCCAUAUAAAGGCGGGUUGACCAAUGGUUUGUCGAUGGCCGUCUACUUCUGUAUCGAGGCCGCAUGGGUAUCAAUUCAAACAAUGACCGUUGAACUGUAUCCCACUCUCAUCAGGACCAAUGGGUAUGGCUGUCUGAGCGUGUUGGCCAGGGUUGGAGGGAUGCUUGGACCGCAGGUUGUCUUCUUGGAUAAGUUUGCCCCUGGACUACUUUACUACUGUUGCGCAGGAAUAUCGGUCGUGAGUGUGAUAUGUCAGCUAUUUCUACCCGAGACUAAGAACGCUGCGUUGAACGACAACAUGGACUAUCUAAAAGAGAAGGGUGCUGAUACAGCGAAGAACGAGCCUAUUUGA